UGCUAUCAGUAUGAUUGGGGAAUCAAGAUGGCGGUUACGCGGCGAGGUUACAUUUUCAGUGCGUUUUUGUUGAGUGUACUAUGUUUGUUGCUGACUAUUGUAUCAAUUUCUAGUGAUAGUUGGGUAGGAUCAAGCGCACGAGUGGACGGGCAGAACCAGGACAGCACUAUACGCUAUGGACUCUUCAGAGGAGUGUUUGAAGACCGCGUAUUCGCUACCACUGUGUCCAGUACCUUGUACAUGACAUGUUUGGUACAAAGCAAUGCCUGUGCUGUCAGCUGCAAGACCAACAGAGCGGCCAGAGAAGAAGAGGUCAAAGCACUAGCUGAGGGUUUUAGACCAACGCCUACAUGCAUUUCUGUAACGACAGUCGACACCACAAACCCACUUGAAACUCCGCCGGUGAUAUCGUUCGUGUUCUAUCUGUUCGUCGUGAUGUUGCUAUGUCUACAACUUCUCUUCGCCGCCAUAUCAGCACUGCUGGCCAUCAUCAACGCGACCAAGAAUCCAACUGAACCCAUUUUUGGACUGCCGGGUUGUUUGUGGUCAAACGUGGUCACAGCCAUCCUCGGCGUCGUGGUGCUGAUGAUGUUUGGGAUCUACUGGGCGUCGUCAGGGUUAAACACCCACCUGGCUUUCUCCUUCAUAGCCCUGGACUUCUUCGAGCCGUUCUCAGCGCUUGGUUACUCUUACUGGUUACUCAUCGCCGCAGUAUGUUCUUCUAUAGCCAGCACAGGUCUCAUUAGAUUAAGGUCGUAUUUAUUAGAGAGGGACCCCCCACCCCCCACCCUGAAGAUGGACAAUCAUUCUGAUGGCACAAUAUUCUUGUACUAAUUUAAGUUAAUUAAGAUGAAAUACCAAGGACUUUCGUAUACAAUUUCCACGUACAAAACGAUUAGUCUCUUUUUCUACAAACAUACAUAUAGGUAAUCACGUCUAUAUCCCUUGCAGGGUAGACAGAGCCAACAAUCUUGAAAAGACUGAAAGGCCACAUUCAGCUGUUUGGCUUAAUGAUAAAAUUGAGAUUCAAAUAGUGACAGGUUGCUAGUCCAUCGCCUAAAAGAAGAAUCCCAAGUUUGUUAGCCUAUCCCUUAGUCGCCUUUUACAACAUCCAUGGGAAAGAGAUGGAAGGAACCACGCGGUUAUUUUACCAGUUGGAGUUAUAUUAUAAGAUAGUUACAACUCUUUAUUGCACUAUAAGAGUAAAACAUACAAAACAGCACAAAACAGACAGAGAUGGUACAAAGGCGGACUUGUCGCUAAUGCAGUCUCUUCCAGUCAACCUUCGGGUGGAAGGAAACCAAACAUGGACGUUGGAAUAUUCACAACUUACAACCGUCCAUACUGACUAAUAUUUCUUCUUAUUAUUUCUAAUCUGAAUAGCUGUCUUGCAAAUUGAAUUUCAGAGUAAUUUCCCUUGAUGUUUCUUCUUAAUAAGUAGGUAUUAAUGUCUUUAUUAAUAAAUGUUAUUUUAAUUA